CUUGAAGGACUUCUCCCCCUUCACUCCACCCCUACAAAUCGAGCACGCGGCCCCGUGGACCUCAGCCGCCACGCAGCCAAUGGCCACAGCCGCCGCCGCCGCACGUUUCACCCCGGCCAUCCUGCCCCGUCCCCGCAGGAGGGUCCCCGCGCCGUGCGCCUCAGCGAGCAGCGCCUCCGGACGCGGCAACCGCCGGCUGCGCUGUGAGUUCGUUGCCAGCGUCGGGAACGGCGCGCUCUCCGGCGAGGACGACCCUCGACUGAUAGACCGCCAAAAAGCUCUUGAUGCAGCAAUGACUGACAUAAACAAUUCUUUUGGAAAAGGAAGCGUUACAAGAUUAGGCAGUGCUGGUGGUGCUUUUGUUGAGACUUUUCCGAGUGGUUGCUUAACACUAGAUUUUGCUUUGGGCGGUGGCCUUCCAAAAGGAAGAGUAGUAGAGGUGUAUGGUCCUGAAAGCAGUGGAAAGACCACUCUAGCUCUGCAUGCCAUUGCUGAGAUACAGAAGCUAGGAGGAAAUGCCAUGCUUGUUGAUGCAGAGCAUGCUUUUGAUCCAGCUUAUUCAAAAGCGCUUGGGGUAGAUAUUGAAAAUCUGAUUGUCUGCCAGCCUGACAAUGGAGAGAUGGCACUAGAAAUUGCGGACCGCAUGUGCAGAUCUGGAGCAAUAGAUCUCAUCUGUAUUGAUUCAGUAUCAGCUCUCACUCCACGUGCGGAAAUUGAAGGUGAGAUAGGGAUGCAGCAGAUGGGUUUACAAGCUCGUCUGAUGAGUCAAGCAUUGAGAAAGAUGUCAGGCAAUGCCUCAAAGGCUGGUUGUACUCUAAUGUUCUUGAAUCAAAUAAGAUACAAGAUUGGAGUAUUCUAUGGGAACCCUGAAGUCACUAGUGGAGGGAUAGCUUUGAAGUUCUUCGCGUCAGUUCGCCUAGAGAUACGACACAUUGGGAAGAUAAAAUCUGCCAAGGGAGAUGAAGAUAUUGGUGUCAAGGUCCGUGUCAGAGUGCAGAAGAGUAAAGUCUCCAGGCCCUACAAGCAAGCUGAAUUCGAGAUCAUGUUUGGGGAGGGCGUUAGUAAAUUGGGUUGCAUUCUUGAUUGUGCUGAGCUGAUGGAAGUUGUUGCAAAGAAGGGUUCAUGGUAUAGUUACAAAGAUAUAAGACUGGGUCAAGGUAGAGAAAAGGCACUGCAGUAUCUCCGAGAGAAUCCAACCGUCUGCGAUGAGAUAGAAAAGGUAGUCCGAGCCAUGAUACCAGAAGGAACCAGGCAUAUGGCCAUGCUAGCUUUCGGGCAGUCGUCGUCGCAACCCGAGGAGGAGGAAGUAUAUGAUGACUGACGACGAACAUCAAGCCCCGAAGACGAACCGCUAACCCGUCUGUCUAGCAGCGCAAUUCCAGGAAUUUUGACCCCAUAGCGUCUAGCAUCAGAAUUGUAGCGGCUAAUAGUGGCCCUUCUUCGCCGAACCUAAGCGAACGUUUCAGUGGUACACCCUGUGUUCUUAGGAUUUUGAUAUGUUGGUUGUUUGCUGUAACAACAGCAACAAUGUACCACCAUCCACCAGUACUAAAAAGGGCUUGACCAGUUAAUCAUGGGAAAA